ACAGCUUAUAACUUAACAACACUUUAAAGCUAUAAUUAUUGUUUUUAUUUUUGGCUUGUGUUACCAAUUACAGUGUUUUUAGUCACUGCACAACUGGAACACUGUGGUUAGCAAACAGCUAGAAAUGAGUUACUAAGUACUGAAAGAUAAGCUAUGAACUGAGAAACGGAUAGGCAAUACAUCACAAUCUAACAUAAGAUCACUGACAGAUAUUUAUACUUCCAAAACUCAUUCGAUAUUUGGACUAAAGAAACAUUUUUAUGAGCUCUAUUCAAACAUUACCGAUUGAAGUAAGUUUUGGAGCUAUUAUAUACUGUACUUCAUCAUUUUGUAGUCAAUGGAUUAUAGAGAUAGGCUGUCCGUUGUGCUACUGGUAGUAACAUUGUUAUCAUGUCCGAACCACCUGGAUUGUACAUCCAUGGCAACAGUCGUAGUCCCUGGUAACUUCACUGACGCAUGUCCUCAAGAACACUGCUCCACCAUCAAUGAUUUACCAUCUAGUAUCUUCAAUAACAGUAUACAGCUGUAUUUUCUUUCUGGUCAACACCUCUUACAACGACACAUUUCUAUGCAUGACGUCUCCAGUGGCCAUGUUCAAAUUUCCUCUUCAUGCUCCAGCCCACAGUGUAAUCCAACAAUCCUCUGCCAGGGAGGACCAACUGGAAUGAGCUUUCAAAAUAUCCAGACUGUUGAAAUAGCUGGACUUACGUUCUCAGGUUGCACACACCAGGGAGAGGUCGGCUUUGGUGGUGCAAUAUCUUUCAUAAAUGUGACAAACAUUUCGAUAGUUAACUGUCAUUUCGUUGGCAACCAUAUUACUGGGAACACUGGAGGUGGCGCACUCUACGUAUUUCAAUCACAAAGUGUGAGCAUUCGGAAUAGUUCUUUUGUUAAUAACUAUGCGUAUUUGUCAAUUCAUCAAUGUAGUGGUGCUGCGUUUUUUCAGAACAACAAUUUCGUCCUAAUACAACAUACUCUUUUUAAAAACAACACAGCCACUUCUGGAGGAGCAAUUUUUGCUGAUCAGACUGACCUCACCCUGCAUCAGAGUAGCUUCUUCCAGAAUAACGCAACAGAUUCGGGAGGUGCAGUAGAUACUCUAAAUUCUUUGAUAGUGAUUAUUGAAAGUGAAUUUGAGAGUAAUUUGGCAAUUUUGGCAUCAGUAAUUAAUGCACGCAACACUACUAUUAGUAUUUUGAGCAGCUCUUUUUUAAACAACACAGCUGUAAGCACCGGAUGUAUUUAUAUACAAGACGGCUCGGUUGUUAGGAGCAACAAUAGUGCUUAUUCCGACAACGUAGGCUCUGUCUACAUCAUAAUCAAAAGUUCCAGUUUCUUUGUCAAUAACACGUUCGUAAAUAAUCAAGUGGGUGGAGUGUUAGUUGGUUCUAGUUGCUCAUUCAUAGGCAUCGACAAUGCAUUCAUUAAUAACAGCGCUAGUAAUACUAAUAUAUACAUGACCAGCUGUAACUCUUCGUUCCUUCGCAAUCAUUUUAUUAAAAACGGUGCUGCUGGUAAUUAUUACGACAUGCUCUUUCAGUAUGGAUCUUUGUCUAUGUCAGAGACUACGUAUGCGGGAAAUUUUACAAGUGGUGCUAUUAUUGUGGCAAGUGUUUCAACAGCAUUUUUUGCAGACAGUUCUUUCAAACGAAAUAAACUCAAAUCAACACAACAGAUAGGCAGUGCUAUUAGUGUUGUGGGUAAUGUUAAUCUAACAGUUUUAAGAAGCAACUUUUCUGAUAACCAAGCAGCUUUUGGAGGAGGGACUAUAGCCUUAAUAGGAGCUACAGUGGAUAUAAAACCAGUAAGAAUACUAAUUUCAGACUGCUACUUCUUUAACAAUAACGCUGCUUAUGGCGGAGCAAUUUAUUUCACUUCAACUGGAACAGACUCGGAAUGUAUCAUUAGACACUCUUCCUUCGUUAAUAAUACAGCUGACUACGGUGGUGCUAUAUUCAUGUUAUCCAGCACAUUCACAAAAAUUCGUAGCUGCUUGUUUCGUCACAAUGUUGCGAAAUAUUGGGGGGGAGCAGUGAAUAUUCGCAGAGGACAGGUUAAGACUUUCGAUUCUCGAUUUUUAGAAAACUUUGCUGAUGAGUACGGCGGUGCCAUUGCCAUCAAAGGCGACAUAACUACAACACAGUGCGAAUAUAUUAAUAUAAAGAUGUGCUUUUCUAAGAAUAAUGCUACGUACGGAGGUGCACUGUAUAGUAUUGACACCAAGUUGAAUAUAGUGAAACAAGAGGAAAAUGAGACAUCAAAAAUCUUGUUUACGGAAAAUUCUGCUGUACAAGGAGGAGCUAUUUACGUGAUGGAUGUAAUUCAAGAUUGUGAGACACGAUAUAAUGCAAGAAAAGAGUGCUUUCUUCAAACGUUACUAAACAGAUCUAACGUAACAAGGGUUGCCAACAACUAUUUUAAUGUCUACUUUAUCAAUAAUACUGCAAGUCUAAGCAGUAAUGCCAUUUUUGGAGGACUACUGGACAGGUGCUCUUUAAACCCAGCAAACAAACUACUUCUUGAUUUUCCUAACCAAACAUUCCUGAGUGGAGCCGACUAUAUUCUAGCUACUGCACAGUUCGCUGGUCUGAUUGAUUAUAGUAAUCUGACAACCAACUACAACCCUGAAAAGGUUUUGCAAGCAGUGAGCGGUGCAAUUGUCAACAAUUUUAUUUCUUCAGAACCCCUUCAAGUAUGUUAUUGCUUCGGAUACCAGCCUAAUUGUAGCGACUUCCAACAUGCACCUGUGUACGUAAAGAAGGGACAGCUGUUUUCAAUUAGUGUAAUUGCGGUUGAUCAGGUGGGCAAUCCAGUGAAUGCGACAGUGAUCAGCUCCGUUGUCACAGGUAGCCGACUACUCAACAGUAAUAAAGCACUUCAACGUAUUCCCGCAGAAUGUUCACUUCUUGAAUACUCUCUCAUUCCAGACAAAAGUGAUCGAACAGCCGACAUUGAACUUUUUGCAGAUGGUCCCUGCAACAAUAUUGGGGUAUCUAAACGAACAUUAAACGUGAUUUUUCAACCGUGUAUAUGUCCAAUUGGAUUUCAGCAAAGGGAGACCAGAACACACUGCUUUAAAUGUGAGUGUGAUGAGGUAUUACAAUCGUAUAUAACAAGCUGUUUCCCGGAAAAUGAAACUGUGCUCAGAAGACCCAAUGUGUGGAUAGACUAUGUAAACACAAGUACUAAAUCUGGCUAUCUACUAUAUCCGAACUGCCCUUUUGACUAUUGUGUGGAUGAGCUAGUCAGUGUGAACUUAAAUACAGCUCAUGGUGCAGAUUCUCAAUGUGUAUUCAAUCGCACUGGAACACUGUGUGGUGCCUGCAAAAAGAACCUAAGUGCUGUGCUAGGCAGCUCACAAUGCAGAGAGUGUACCAACAGUUAUAUUUCUCUGCUCAUACCAUUUGCAAUGGCAGGAAUCGCCUUGGUUGCAUUUGUAGUUCUAUUCAACUUGACUGUAACUACGGGUACAAUCAAUGGACUUAUCUUUUAUGCAAACAUGAUUUUUGCGAAUCGCUCUCUGUUUGUACCCUCUGGAACUCCUGGUUUGCUUCGAAUAUUCAUUUCAUGGCUUAACCUUGAUCUUGGAAUCGAGACUUGCUUUUUCAAUGGAAUGGACUCGUAUGCUAAAGUUCUUCUUCAACUAGUGUUCCCUUCCUACAUUCUCAUAUUGACCGUACUGAUCAUCAUGCUUUGUGAGUAUUCAGUGAGAUUUUCAACAUUCAUAGGCAAGAAGAGAGAUCCUGUUGGCACAUUGUGCACACUUAUCCUGCUAUCGUAUUCCAAGUUCAUACGCACGAUCAUUGCAAGCUUACAGCAUGCAUACUUAAACUAUCCGGAUGGCUCCAGUGAAACAGUCUGGUUGUAUGAUGCUAAUGUUCCCUAUUUCAAACCAAGCCACGCUCCACGGUUCAUUACAGUGUCAGUAAUCAUUAUUCUGGGACUGGUGUAUACAGUGCUUCUUCUGUUUGGCCAGUGGUUGACCAAACUUGGUAGAUGGAUCCCUUUCCGCUGGGUCAACAAUCCGAAAUACAAUGAGUUCAUUGUUAAAUACCAUACACAGCUUAAACCCAAACAUCGAUACUGGGUAGGAUUGUUACUGCUUGUUCGAAUCUCUUACUACACUGUGUCAGCCUUUGUCUCACAAUCUGCCGCCCUACUGUCUCUUAUCCUCAUUGUGCUUAUUCUAUUAAGUCUCAAGCACAUUUCCAGUCAUGUAUAUGAAGUUAAUGCAAUUGACAACUUAGAGAGUGCUUUUCUGGUUAAUCUUGGAGUUCUAGCAGCUUGCUUAUACUUCUUGCAAGACAGCGAAGGAAUCCCGCAUAUAGCUGCCAGUAUAUCUAUAACAGUUUCUGCGUUUCUUUUCAUUGUGAUUUUUGGAUAUCAUGCCCACACCUUCAUUCUCAAGAACACACGUCUCUGGAUAAGUAUAAUUGCUCUACUCAGGCCAGUUUGGGUGCGUAUGAGAGGGUUAGUGCAGUGUCCUAAUCUACGGCGAAAUGCAGAUAUAGAUCUACAAGAAGAAGAAAUUGAGCACGAGGAAAAUCAACUUUUGUUGCAAGAGCUUCCAUAUGCACAAGGAGAGUCUGACGAUGAAGAACAACAUCCGUACGAGGCUCCAAUAAUCCAGCCUGCUGUUAGAGACAGCCAACCUCGGAACCAAGACCUCGAACAACUUUUCCAACCGAUAACUGCGCGAGACUACAGACGUUUUCAAGAGCCUGUUAGGCCACAACAACCCACGACAUAUUCAGUUGUUGAGAUCGACUGAAACCCUGAGUGACAGUAACAAAUAGUGUAUAUACAUACGAUUCACUUGCAUGCCUGCAAUUAUUUAGUUUCAACCUGUAAAACAAACUCUGAACAGCAACUAACUAACUAACUAGUAUAUUUUGUUGGAUUACAUAAUUAACUUCUUUGUAAUCACAUGUACUCACAUUGUUAUUUCGUGCUAACUAUAGGCAGGUGUUUCAUACACAAGUAGUUCCCUGAGAUUCCCC